AGUUUCAACAUCAUCUAAAAAUGAUUUCAAUGGCGUGAAGUAAACUCCGAAGUCCGAUUGUUGUGAAUUGUGUGCAAUAUUUUGAGUUAGUAAAUUAGUCUGAAGUUCUUCAAAACAGUUUUAUCCGAAAGUUGUUAUGAAAAAUGACAUCAAAAUCAUAGCAAUGUCUUAAAUAACGAUUGAGAAAGAACAUAGACUUUUUUUAUGGGCUAGUAGCGUUUUAAUGUUGAAUAGGCUAGGCAAAAUGAUCUCCUGUCCACUCUGUUGCAGUAGUGCAUUCAAAACCAAGGCAUUGCUCAUUGAUCAUCUAACUCAAAUUACCAAUAAUAUACUUUGUCCGAUAUGCUCAGUUAAUAUAACAUCAAUUGAUUGUCUUAUUGACCAUCUCAAGAGCAACAAUUGUAUAGGCACAAUAGUUUUGAACCUUCAUCAGAACCAGCUUGUACAACAAUCAGACUAUAACUCGGAGUCAAUUAGCAAUGAAACACAAGAUUCUGAUAAUACUGAAGUAAAAGAAACGAAUAUUGAAGAUAUUUCUGAAGUCAGCUCAUUGUAUACAGAAAUAUUAAAUAAACAACAUACACAGGAAUUGAGGAUUGUUAAAGAGUGUGGUGAUAAAUAUGUAAUAAUAGAUGAUAAAGGUUCAGUAAUUAAUACUGGACAUACUUUUGUGUCCACACAAAAUGAAGAUGGUACUGUAUCAUACAUAAUUGAAGAAACUAAACUACCUAUAGAGGAUGAUCCUGAGCUGGUACCAAAAGUGGAAGAAGAAAGUCAAGACAGUAUUGAGGAAUCUGAAGAGAUAUACAGUUGUAACACUUGUUCAAUGACAUUCUCUUCUGUUCUUGAUCAUAUAAAGCAGUACCAUACAGACCAAAAUGUAGUUGUUGAGGAGCCAAUUGACUCUACUGCCAUACAGGAAUAUCAAAAUUAUAAUGAAAAUUUGGAAGACAACAGCCAUUUCAUAUCAGAAGACAUUGUUCAUAAUGUGACACAAGAGAAUCUGGCAGUUAAUCAAAAAGCAGCCAAACAAGUAAAAUCCAAACAAUCAAAAAACAAGAAAUGCUUUGUCCGGUUAGAAAUGCUUGAUAAAUCAAAUAUAAAUGAAAAUGAUGAAUCAAAAGAACAGUCAAUAGAACAAGAUAGUGAUCCCACCUACCACAAGGUUGUUAUAAAAACUCUUCAAACGGAUGACAAGAAAAGUACAGUUUACAGUUGUAUGUACUGCAAUAUUGUGGUUUCUUCGCUGGCUGAGUUCAAGCAACUACCUUGUACGCUCAGUACAGACACAAAUGGUCCUCCAAAAUAUACCUGUACCGUCUGCUCGAUAGGCUACGAUAAUCCGAAGUCUCUGUGUGCGCAUAUGAAAGUUCAUAAGGAGAAACCAACCGCUGACUGUGUGUCAACCGCGCGGAGUACUAAAUGCCACUGCGAGGUAUGCAAUACCUGGUUUCCGACGACCAAAGCCCUCAAGCUGCACAGGCGAAUGCAUUAUCCCAUCAAACCUCGUCCAAUUCAGUUGCCUGAAGGAUCAACGGGCCCCAAUACGGAGACGUUUGUAUGCCCCAUUUGCAAGAAGGAGAUACCUGUUCACUAUAGAUUAAUUCAUCAGAACUCGCAUAAAUUGUCUGAUGAUUUGACCUGUGAUGUUUGUAAUAAGCAAUUCUCAACGAGGGAGCUACUUGAGAUGCACACGAAUGUACAUAAUAUGUAUAAGAUAAACACAAAAAAGCAAGAGAACGAAGAACUUCGAUACCAGUGCCUUUAUUGUGUGAGGAAAUUUGCGAAACCGCACGAGAAGGUGAAACAUGAGAGGAUCCAUACAGGUGAAAAACCCCACGUUUGUGAAAUUUGUGGAAAAUCGUUUCGUGUUUCGUAUUGUCUUACGUUGCAUAUGCGAACGCACACGGGCGCACGCCCUUACGAAUGUCCGCAUUGUCCCAAAAGAUUCAAAGCGCAUAGCGUAUACCACCAUCACAUACUAUCGCAUUCGGACGUACGAGCGUACAAAUGUCCAUUCUGUCCAAAAUCGUUCAAGACGUCAGUACAACUUGCCGGACACAAAAAUUCUCACACAAAACCUUUUCAGUGCCAAAUUUGUAAUAGGCCAUUCGCGUCCUUAUACGCCGUACGCUUACACAUGGAAGUACACUCGCGUCUAAACAGCCUAAAAUUCAAAUGUACUGAGUGUGGUGCUAGUUACGCGCGGCCCUUCGCCCUCAAGGAUCACGUGAAGCAGGCACAUUCCCACAUAGAAGCCAGUGUUGAUAAUAUGGUUGAACAGAAAGAGACUAAACUGAUUUGGGAUGGAAAUAUAGACGAAACGGAAGGAAUUGAAUCACAAGACACUGAAAUGAGCGAAUUAAAUUCGACUGAACUUAUUAUAAGUUAAAUAUUUUGUAGUAUGUAUAGUAUAUAUAUAUGUAUAAUGUAAAUAAAAUAAUCAAAUCAAAUCAAAGUCAUUUAUUCAUUUAGGUAACAUAAUGUCAACUUAUGAAC